CUGAAGCCUGCCUGUUCCUCCCCCAUCUUUCGCCCUUCUCCGCUAGAAGUCUUCUCUGCCGACUACAUAUAACCCUUGACCAAUUCCCUUGAUUCCAUUGGUAUUUCAGUGUCGGGUCAUUCAGCAAUUCAUGGCCACCUCGCGCGCUCGUUAACUCCGCCCGUUGCUCCAUCCGAUAGCGGACCCCGACAUCUCCCCCACGAGUUUUCAUCCCUCGGUCCGACACCCACCUUUCAAUUCGCCUGUUGAGACGGUCUGAGACAGGGACUCCCUAUCCAGGCGAUUGCGACACACAGACGACAGCCCUGUCGACCAUGUCGUCGACGUCUGCACCGCUCCCGACCUCCACGACCUCCGCUAUAUCAAAGCAACGAUCCGCCGGGACCAUGACCAAGCCCGAUACAGCGAACAGCGGUUCGCCGACGGCCAAGACCUCCAAGAAGCAUGAUUACAAGGGAUUUGUGGCGGGGGUGUUUUCGGGAAUAGCGAAACUAAGUGUUGGCCAUCCGUUUGAUACAGUCAAAGUGCGUUUACAGACGAGUCAUGAGGGCCAUUUCCGGGGUCCUUUGGAUUGUGUGCUACAGACGGUUCGCAAGGAGGGUAUAGCGGGAUUUUAUAAAGGAGCUACGCCACCGCUGGUCGGUUGGAUGGUUAUGGAUUCUGUUAUGCUCGGUUCCUUGACACUGUAUCGGCGAUUGUUGCUCGAAAAUGUGUUUUCGAAACCGGAUAUUCGUGCCAGGAUUCCGUUUACGAGCCAUCAGCCGGAUAUUAGCACUCUACCCAGCGUUGGCCACGGUAUUGCGGGUAUCAUGGCUGGAACGACAGUUAGUUUCAUUGCGGCACCGGUGGAACAUGUCAAGGCACGGCUUCAGAUUCAAUAUUCGGCGGAUAAAUCUAAGCGUCUAUACAGCGGGCCGAUAGAUUGCAUUAGCAAGAUCCUUCGCACGCAUGGCAUUGCCGGAUUAUAUCGCGGACUGUGCGCAACGAUGGUCUUCCGCUCGUUCUUCUUCUUCUGGUGGGGAUCCUACGAUGUCCUGACCCGGUUGAUGAAGGAAAAGACUAGCUUGUCGGCCCCGGCAAUCAACUUCUGGGCUGGUGGCAUUUCGGCGCAGAUUUUCUGGAUAACGUCGUAUCCGUCCGACGUGGUGAAGCAGCGCCUGAUGACGGACCCGAUGGGAGGGGCGCUGGGCGAUGGGCAGCGUAGGUUCCAGUGGUGGAAGGACGCGGCGGUGGCAGUCUAUCGGGAGCGAGGGUGGAGGGGGUACUGGCGAGGGUUCGUGCCAUGCUUUUUACGAGCAUUCCCGGCGAAUGCCAUGGCUUUGGUUGCAUUUGAGGACCAGCCCGUCAUCUCCGGCCGUCCUCCUCUUCCUACUCUUCUCCUCCGCCAUCACCCCUCGCCCGGACCCUGCGUGCACUGUCAAACGGCUACGAUGGCCGUCGCACGCUCCAUGCGUCGCACAAGUCCCAUCACAGUCUUCCUGGCUGCGCUGCUCGCCUUCGGCUUCCUUUGCUUCCUCCUCUCUCCUUCCUCCGCCCCCGCCGCCGCUCCUAUCACAGAUGCCUCCUCCCAGUUACGACGAGAAGAUGCCGCCGAACACCCCCUGUCACCUCCAACGAAACCCUUCUUGAAAUCCCAAGCCGUCCGCGGCGAUGGCCAGAAGGCUCCUCCGCCCGUCACACACUACAACUUAAACGAACUCACCAGCACCAGCGAGUCCGCCGAGAAAGGGGAACGUAUCCUUAUUUUGACCCCAUUGGCCCGCUUCUACCAGGAAUUCUGGGACAAUGUGGUCAAACUCAGCUACCCACACGAGUUAAUCUCCAUCGGGUUCAUCGUUCCCAACACCAAGGACGGCAAUGCCGCAGUCACCGCGCUGGAACAGGCCAUCAGCGAGACCCAGUCCGGUCCGAUCGACAGCCGCUUCGCCAGCAUCAGCAUCCUCCGCCAGGACUUCGACCCGCCCAUCCAGUCCCAAGAUGAGAAGGAGCGCCAUAAAAUGUCCAACCAGAAGGCUCGUCGCGAAUCGAUGAGUCGCGCCCGCAAUAGCCUCCUCUUCACCACCCUCGGUCCUAGCACCUCCUGGGUCCUCUGGCUCGAUUCCGACAUCAUUGAGACCCCGGAGACUCUCAUCCAGGACCUGACCGCCCACGACAAACCCGUGAUUGUCCCCAAUUGCUACCAGCGGUACUAUAACAAGGAUUCCAAGAGAAUGGACGUCCGCCCCUACGACUACAACUCCUGGAUCGACAGCGCCACCGCCCAACAACUCGCCGACACCAUGGACGCAGACGAAAUCCUCCUCGAGGGAUACGCCGAGCUGCCCACCUACCGCACCCUCAUGGCCUACAUGGCCAACACCAAAGCGCCCCGUCCGAGCCGCGAAAUUGAGCUCGACGGUGUCGGUGGAACCGCCCUGAUGGUCAAAGCCGAUGUGCAUCGCGACGGUGCCAUGUUCCCCGCAUUUCCAUUCUACCACCUAGUCGAAACAGAAGGUUUCGCGAAGAUGGCCAAACGGUUAGGAUAUACCAUCUAUGGCCUACCGGAUUACUUUGUAUACCACUAUAACGAGUGACGGGUCCACGAGACAGAUAUGCACGAGGACAACAACCAAAGAAAAACUUAGAAAACGGAAACAAAAGGCUAGGCUAGGUUAUCUAUAAUUAGACCAAUUUCUGUUGGCGACACCGCCGUACUUCUUAUCUUACCUAUUGGCUUGUUUCAUACUAUUUUAUGCCUACGCGCUGGGCGCUAUAUUGGUGUUCUGGCUGUGUAGGUUUGAUUUCUUUCUUAGAGGAUGAUCGUAUUCUAUAGGACUGGGGUCCGGUGUUGAUGUACCCUAGACGGAUGCAGGCAGUUAACUAGUCUUAUUGGGCUAAAUAUAGGCAGCGGUCAGGGAAAGUGGGAGAUUGAUGCCGUAUAGUAGUAAGAUGUUAUUAGAUAUUUUAUUACUCUGUGAUGAGAU